GACAGUAUAUGUAAAAAAUCCUUCGUUCAAACGACAAACAGAAGAGGGAAGAAUCAAUUGAGCGAGCGAGGGUUUCAUUUCUUCUCCUCCACCCUAUGAAUCAAUCAUCCACACCCUGAAUUCAAAUUCCCAAAUCUCUCAUUCCUACUCCUACUGUUUGUUUACAUACAGGGUUGGUAUAGCAGGAUGGAUUCAAACUCGCAGUCUCCACAUCACCGUGACGACGAUUCUGAUACCAAAAACGCAUUUCGCAAGCCUUCUGGGGAGCCAGCUAAUAGGAAUUAUCGCCGCCGAUCACCUAUUCACGCCUCAUCAUCACCUACUGAUGGUAGUCCCAGGCGUGAACACAGCUCAAGUCCAUAUCCACCAAGGGAAGAUUCUGUCAGAGUCUCUCACCAUCAUUCAAGGAAGUAUGAUGGCAGGGAACAAGACCAAAAAUACGGCGGAAAUCGCUAUGGCAGAAGCACUGAUUCUCUUAGACAUUCUGACAGACAGUCAUCCCGCAGCUCCUAUGGUCACUCUAGGCAUGACAAGUACGCUGAUGAAGAUAGAAAACAUGAGAGAUUCUCAUCACGUUCUGGACGUGAUCAUAUGAGAGAAGAGAGUGAUAGCAGGUCAAAAGACUACAGGCGUAGUAUGGACAAAUAUUCACGUGAAAAAUAUGAAAGGUCUGAUUAUAAAAGCAACGAGAAAGUUAGUGAAACUUAUUCGCAGCAUCGGAAAUAUAAAGAUAUGGAUUCUUCAUGUGACAGGUCUGGAUCCGACAAGAGGUGUUCGACAUAUGAGGAGGUGGAGAAGGAGAGGCGUACAAGGGACGGGGAUGGUCGUGAUGAAAGAAAGAAUUCUCAAAGAAAUUCUGGAGAACACAAAAGUGACCGUGCAGUUUCAUAUUCAGAGUCUAGGAGCCAAAAAGAUGACAUUGAGAUUAGUAAGAACAAGGACCGAAGCUCUAGAAAGGUAGGCGAGGUAUUUGGUGUUGAAGAUAAGGAAUCUUCUGGAAAGAAGCCAAAGUUGUUUGGUGCUGACAAGGAUGACAAUUCUGGAAAAGAUGAUGAAAGGAAGACUUCAGGUUCAAAGUUUCCUCAUGAGAGCAGGCCAGAUUUAGCGGCUGCCAAGACCAGUGGUUUUGAUAAUGGCAACAAUCUAGAUGCUGCCAAAGUGGCAGCCAUGAGAGCUGCUGAAUUAGUUAACAAGAACUUAGUAGGGGCUAAUUCCUUGACUACGGACCAAAAGAAGAAACUGUUGUGGGGCAGCAAAAAGAGUACACCCACCGAAGAGUCUGGCCACCGCUGGGAUAUGGCAAUGUUUGAUCGCGAGCGACAAGAGAAAUUCAAUAAACUCAUGGGUGUGAAAGGAGAAGCCAAAGUGGAGCAGAACUCGGACAAUCAAAAUGACAACGACACAGUCCGUGCCGAGAAGCAGAAGGAACUCCAGCUGGAACUUGAGAAACAGUACACUGCAGGUCUUCGACGAAGAGAUGGCCGCACAGUUGGAUUAGGUCUUUAAUCAUUCACUAGUGGAAUUUUGCAUCCUUUUGACUUUUGUAGUAAGUUUGAGUGUACUAUCAUUGAUUAGGAGGAAUGUUUGUUACAUGUUUGGGAGUUUAUGACGUGUAUGUAUGAUCUUAUGUAUGAUCUGAUGCUUAGAGGAACUUAUCAUGGCCGUACAAUUUAAAUGAGACGGUUUGAUGCUACAAUGGAACCAGUAGCGUUAUGUGAAAACAUGACAGUGAUAUCAACUCAAACAAAUUAGAAAUUUUGAAGUACUA